GUUACAUCAUCAAUAUGUGACGCUACUUGUAGCGUAGCUAAAGAGGUUCGGUUUCUGUUAUUUGUUAUCGUCUGUAGCUCAAAAAUGGACAAGAAAUUGGAGUCGGACAGCCUCGAAAUGCGUCUUCAGGCGUUGGAGAACCGACUAUACGGAGAGAGAAGAACCAAAAGUGGAAAACCUGUCAAGUGUGCAGAAGCUUUGGUCAGAAUUCAAGGAGGUUUGAUCAACACGGCCAACAAGAGAGAGAGAGUAAAGAUCCUCCACAAGAAGAUUGAGGACCUGAUGAAGUAUCUGGACCCCCAGUUCACUGACCACAUCACUCUCCCUGAUGCCAUGAAACUAGAGUUCAUCCUUGCAGAGGAGGACUCUUUGCUCUCUGAAGCUGCUUUGUUGGAGCAAGUUAACAAUUUACAGCCCCUGUUGGACAGCACCCACAUUAGAGAUGUACCUGAGCAUGCAACCAAGCUGCAGCGUCUUUCACAGAUUCACAUCAAGCAACAGGACCAAACUGAAGCUCAGUCACUGGAAGUCAAGAAGCUUUUUGAGGAAUACAACAAAAUGAUGUUCCUGCUCUCCAAGCAGUUCACCCAGUGGGAUGAGACCCUGAGGAAGAUGGAGGAGGCCAAAGGAAUCCGACCUGUGGAGUAGUUGCUCUGAGAGAAGCUGGGGAGAGAACAACGAUGAAGAACAACACUGCACUACGAUUUGACUUCCUGAAUAGAUGUUACAUUAUGUAGCUCCUGCUACCCCAGUAAGUCAGAGGAAAACAUUAAAACAUUUCAACACAUCUUCUUGUUUACUUUUCUUUUAUCCCAAUGAAAUAUUGCUGUUGCCUAAACACUGUCGGUGACUUUUAAUGCAAAGUUACAGAGUGAAAUAAUAAAACAACUGAACUGAG